UUUUUACUCUGACUCGAAUAUCGCCAAACGUCAAAAUCUCUUCAAUUUCUCUCCCAGGAAACUUUGGCUGUAGUGUACAACUUUACAAUAAAAUUAAUAAAUUUAAGUUAUUCGCUUUAGCAGAUACAAACUAGUGUAAAUUCCUUAUAUCAGUAAAAUGAAGAUAGUAUACUAAAUUCGUAGAUAUAAUAUAAAGCUAAACACCUAUAAUUGCAAGUGAAAAAUAAACCCGUACAAGUAAACGGAAAUUACAUCGAUUACGGAACGACAAAAAAAAAAAUCAACAGCAUUUUGCCAACACGAAAACAUCGGCUGAACUCGAAGAAGAGAGUGAGGGUGCUGGAAAAUCAAAAAAAGCCGCAGCACACCAAUAAGUAUAUCGGGUGACAAACCUCUUUUGUAAACACCGCCCAAGAAAGCCAGGCUAGAUCUUGACGAAUUUCUAUUUUCUGCCCUACUAAGCUAUAGAAGAACAAAAAACAUGGAUCCAGUUUGGGAAGUUCAUGAUGAUAUGAGUUUGUACAUUACGCCAGAACGUUUUAUUGUGGAACCAAAUGGAAAAAAUGAACUAUUGAUAAUCGAUCGUUCUUCAAGUAUUGUUAAAGUGCAAUCCCUCACAAAUCAAUUGUCCAAUCUAUCACCAACACGACGUGUGUGCGGCAUACUCGGUGCCAUACAUCUGGUGGGGGGAGAUUAUCUGGUGGUUGCCACACAUCGUCUUUAUGUUGGUAUGAUAUAUGGAGCGGUGAUAUGGCGUUUGGCUGGCUACGACAUUAUUCCUUACAUUCCAAGAACGACGCAUUUGACACCGAAACAACGAGAACAUAACGAUAUUUAUUUGCAAAUGUUGCGCAAAACCUUAGACACGAAUUAUUUUUAUUUCUCCUACUUUUACGAUAUGACCCAUUCACAACAACGAUUGCAUAGCAUGUCAUAUGAGGAGCGAAACCGCAGUUUAUUUGAAAGAGCCGAUUCACGUUUUGUGUGGAAUGGAGCACUGUUGGAUAAUUUCAACUGCACUGAAAUGCGCAAUUUCCAAUUGCCUUUAAUAUUGGGAUUUGUCUCGAUCAACCAGGUCCAAAUAAAUGGUCAAACAUUCUUUUGGUCCAUUAUAUCUAGAAGGUCUGUGCAUAAGGCAGGCACUCGUUUCUAUAGCCGUGGCAUAAACGACGAGGGUAAUGUAGCCAACUAUGUGGAAACUGAGCAGAUUGUGGAAUACAGUGGACAACGCUUAGCUUUUGUUCAGACCCGUGGAAGUAUGCCUUUCUUUUGGCGCCAAUUGCCUAACAUUCGCUAUAAACCCCGACCUGAGCUUAUUCCGGGAAGGGACCAUUUGGGUGCUUGCUUCCGACACUUUGAGGAACAAAUUGCAAAAUAUGGAAAGCAAGUUCUGAUUAACUUGGUUGAUCAAAAAGCGGCUGAAGGUGCUCUCGAAAAAGCCUAUCGUAACUUUGUUCAGCAGCUUAACAAUCCCAACAUUCGUUACGAAGCUUUUGAUUUUCAUGCUGAAUGCAAGAAAAUGCGUUGGGACCGUCUGAAUAUUCUCAUUGACCGUUUGGCUCAUGAACAAGACGAAUUCUCCGUGUUUCAUAUCAGAGAUGAUGGCAAUGUUGUAUCGAUACAAAAUGGCGUUUUUCGUACAAAUUGUAUUGACUGUUUGGAUCGUACAAAUGUCGUGCAGAGUAUGUUGGCGCGUCGUUCAUUAAAUGCCAUUCUGGAAAAAUUAGGUAUUUUACGAGUGGGUCAAAAGGUGGAAUCAGCAUCUCCACAAUUCGAAAUGAUUUUCAAAGGUGUAUGGGCCGAUAAUGCUGAUAUGAUUUCGCUACAAUAUUCUGGUACGGGCGCUCUAAAAACCGAUUUCACCCGUACUGGCAAAAGGACUAAAGCUGGUUUAGUACAAGAUGGUGUUAACUCAAUGACGCGGUAUUAUUUGAAUAACUUUGCCGAUGGAUUUAGGCAGGAUGGAAUUGAUUUAUUCUUGGGACGCUAUGUUGUGCAUGAUUCCUUACAUACACCCUUAGACGUUAAACAUACCUGGCGUUACAAUGUGUUCCCUGCCAUUAUGAUAUUCUCCAUAGCAAUGCUUUUCCUGACUACUCUGGUGCCAUCUGAAUUCAAUACGGAAAAUCUGCUAUUCAUGCUUUUCUGGGGUGCCUUAAUCGGUGUCAGCAUCAGUGGCAUCUUUCACUAUGGCCUAGAGUUUGUGGAUUGGCCACGGCUUUUUCCGCCCAUUAAAUUUGAAGCCUAACAAUAGAUUAAGCAUAAGCAGCAAUGAUGGUUCUCACGACAUAUUUCGAGUAUAGAAAUAGUAAUGCUGCCCUCAUUUUAAUUUGUCGUUCUUUUGAUUUGUGAAGGGGUUGCACGAAUACUUAUAAUACUUAUUGGGAUUUCUUUCGUUUAUCAUUGGUUUAGUUGCAAAGAAAUGGUGAAAGAAAAAAACUAAUGUCAAAAACGCCCAAAAAUUAAGCUGAUUAAUAGGAAAUAAGAAAAUGCUUUUUCCCCAAGCGAUUAAAACUUACAGUUCACUUACACACACAUUGAAGAUUUGUUUUUCGACUUUAUUAUGUUAUUUGUUAUGUCUAUUUUAAUAACGAUUCAUGUAUAUUUUUAAAAAUGUGUGAAUAUUCCUUGUUAAUGUCCGAUCCAUACCUAUGUAUAUUUCCUUUUCUUUGUACAAAUCAGAGUAUUUAAACUUAUGUUAAUUUUCUCUUAAUUUUUAAUGGUAUUAAUUUAUCUAUAUUUAAAUAUUAAAUAUGUUGAGUACGACGGGCUUUUAUAGACUAGUGCAAUCAUUUCAUUAGAAAUGUCUUCGUUCUACUUGUGGUCGGCCAGUAUCUAUUUACCGUCUAUGAGAGCUUUUCUCUCGUCUCCAAUAAGAUGCACUGGAUUAUUAUAAAACAAAACAAGAGUUAUAAUUGAAUAAAAAGAAAAUAAUUCAUAAUAUAAAAAUCACA